GGCGGGAGCAGGAUGAGCCAGCCGCCGGCCGAGAAAAUGUCUGGCAGCGCGGAGGUGGUGCCGUGGGACUGGGCCUUCGGGAACCGCCAGCGGCUGCUGGAGGCCCUGCUCUGGGACCCCCUCUCCCCCAUCUACGUGGAGAGCCUCCUGGAUGGUAUAACUUCCUUGUACUUUGAUCUGAAUUUUCCUGCUCUGAGGAAAAACAAGAAUAUAGACAAUUUCUUAAUUAGAUAUGAGAGGACUGUGACAAAAAUUGGAUGCCUACAGAUGAAGGCAGAAGAUUUUGAUGUUAUUAAAGUAAUUGGAAGAGGUGCUUUUGGUGAAGUUCAGUUGGUUCGUCAUAAAGAGUCACAGAAUGUUUAUGCCAUGAAGCUUCUUAGUAAAUUUGAAAUGAUAAAAAGAUCAGAUUCUGCUUUUUUUUGGGAAGAACGAGAUAUCAUGGCCUUUGCUAAUAGUCCCUGGAUUGUUCAGCUCUUUUGUGCCUUUCAAGAUGAUAGCUAUCUUUAUAUGGUAAUGGAAUACAUGCCUGGUGGAGACCUUGUAAACCUUAUGAGUAACUAUGAUGUACCUGAAAAAUGGGCCAAAUUUUACACAGCUGAAGUUGUUCUGGCUUUGGAUGCAAUACACUCCAUGGGUUUAAUACACAGAGAUGUGAAACCUGACAACAUGCUUUUGGAUAAAAAUGGACAUCUGAAAUUAGCAGAUUUUGGCACUUGUAUGAAAAUGGAUGAAACAGGCAUGGUACAUUGUGAUACAGCAGUUGGAACACCUGAUUACAUAUCACCUGAAGUUCUGAAGUCACAGGGUGGUGAUGGCUACUAUGGACGAGAGUGUGAUUGGUGGUCUGUAGGUGUUUUCCUUUUUGAGAUGCUGGUUGGGGAUACUCCAUUUUAUGCAGAUUCACUUGUGGGAACAUAUAGUAAAAUUAUGGAUCAUAAAAAUUCACUCAAUUUCCCAGAAGAUGCAGAAAUAUCCAAGCAUGCAAAGAAUCUCAUAUGUGCUUUCUUGACCGACAGGGAGGUGCGACUUGGGAGAAAUGGGGUAGAAGAAAUCAAACAGCAUUCUUUCUUUAAAAGUGAUCAGUGGAACUGGGAUAACAUAAGAGAGACUGCAGCUCCAGUAGUACCUGAACUCAGCAGUGACAUAGAUAGCAGCAAUUUUGAUGACAUUGAAGAUGACAAAGGAGAUAUGGAAACCUUUCCAAUUCCUAAAGCCUUUGUGGGAAACCAGCUGCCUUUUAUAGGUUUUACCUACUAUGGUGAAAAUUUGUUGUUGGGUGACUCUCCUUCAUCCUGUGCAGAAAAUGAUUCAGUACAAUCAAGGAAAAAUGAGCAAUCUGUACAGAUUCAAAAAAAACUAUACUUACUAGAGGAACACCUCAAAAAUGAGACACAAGCCAAAGAGGACCUGGACCAGAAGUGCAAAUUGGUUAGCACUCGACUAGAGAAGAUAACAAAAGAACUAGAAGAAGAGGUUACCUCAAGAAAGAAUGUAGAAUCUACAUUAAGACAAUUAGAGAGAGAGAAAGCUCUUCUUCAACACAAAAAUACAGAGUACCAGCGGAAAGCAGAACAUGAAGCAGACAAAAAACGGAAUCUAGAAAAUGAUGUUAACAGCUUGAAAGAUCAGCUUGAAGAUUUGAAAAAAAGAAAUCAAAACUCUCAAAUAUCUAAUGAAAAAGUCAGUCAGCUCCAGAGACAAUUGGAUGAAGUCAAUGCUUUGCUGCGAACCGAGUCUGAUACUGCGGCCAGGUUACGGAAAAACCAGACAGAAAGUUCAAAACAAAUUCAGCAGCUGGAAUCUAAUAAUAGGGAGCUACAAGACAAAAAUUGCAUGCUAGAAAAUGCUAAACUGAAACUUGAAAAGGACUUCAUCAAUCUUCAGUCAGCUCUAGAAUCUGAAAGGAGAGAUAGAACCCAUGGAUCAGAGAUGAUUAAUGAUUUACAAGGUAGAAUAUCUGGUUUGGAAGAAGAUAUUAAAAAUGGUAAAAUUUCAUUAGCAAAAAUGGAGUUAGAGAAGAGACAACUACAGGAGAGAUUUACAGAUUUAGAAAAGGAAAAAAGUAACAUGGAAAUAGAUAUGACAUACAAACUGAAAGUUAUACAGCAGAGCUUGGAACAGGAAGAAGCAGAGCAUAAAGCUACAAAAGCACGGUUAGCAGAUAAGAAUAAGAUAUAUGAAUCUAUUGAGGAGGCCAAGUCUGAAGCUAUGAAAGAAAUGGAGAAGAAACUCGUAGAGGAAAGAACUUUAAAACAAAAGGUGGAAAACCUUCUGUUGGAAGCUGAAAAAAGAUGUUCAAUGUUAGACUGCGACCUCAAACAGUCCCAACAGAAAGUCAACGAACUCUUGAAACAGAAGGACAAACUAAAUGAGGAUGUCAGGAACUUGACCUUAAAAAUAGAGCAAGAAACUCAAAAGCGCUGCCUCACACAAAAUGACCUGAAGAUGCAGACACAACAAGUCAACACACUGAAAAUGUCUGAAAAACAAAUGAAACAAGAAAAUAAUCAUCUCAUGGAAAUCAAAAUGAGUCUGGAAAAGCAAAAUAUCGAACUUCGGAAAGAACGACAAGAUGCAGAUGGACAAAUGAAAGAGCUCCAAGAUCAGCUCGAAGCAGAACAAUAUUUCUCAACUCUCUAUAAAACACAAGUUCGAGAGCUUAAAGAAGAAUGUCAAGAGAAGACCAAGCUUUGCAAAGAAAUGCAGCAGAAGAGCCAGGAAUUACAGGAUGAGAGGGACUCCCUGGCUGCACAACUUGAGAUCACCUUGACAAAAGCUGAUUCAGAGCAGCUAGCCCGUUCUAUUGCUGAAGAACAGUACUCUGAUUUGGAAAAAGAGAAGAUCAUGAAAGAACUGGAAAUUAAAGAGAUGAUGGCUCGACACAAACAAGAACUUGCAGAAAAAGAUGCUACAAUAGCAUCUCUUGAGGAGGCUAAUAGGACACUAACUAGUGAUGUGGCUAAUCUGGCAAAUGAGAAAGAAGAACUGAAUAAUAAAGUCAAGGAAGUCCAAGAGCAAAUGGCAAAGUUGAAAGAUGAAGAAACAAAUAUAUCAGUUAUUAAAACACAAUUUGAGAAACAACUAUUAAAUGAGAGAACACUAAAAACUCAGGCUGUGAAUAAAUUGGCUGAGAUUAUGAAUCGAAAAGAACCUCUCCGGCGUGGUGCUGACACAGAUGUGAGGAGGAAAGAGAAAGAGAACAGAAAACUACAUAUGGAACUUAAAUCAGAACGUGAAAAGUUAACUCAACAGAUGAUCAAAUAUCAAAAAGAAUUGAAUGAAAUGCAAGCUCAAAUAGCUGAAGAAAGCCAAAUUCGAAUUGAACUGCAAAUGACUCUGGACAGUAAAGAUAGUGACAUUGAACAGCUUCGAUCACAGCUCCAGGCCUUACACAUUGGUCUGGAUAGUUCCAGUAUAGGCAGUGGACCAGGGGAAGCUGAGGCAGAUGAUGGGUUCCCAGGUACAGAAUCAAGAUUAGAGGGAUGGCUUUCGUUGCCUGUACGAAACAACACUAAGAAGUUUGGAUGGGUUAAAAAGUAUGUGAUUGUAAGCAGCAAGAAGAUUCUUUUCUAUGAUAGUGAACAAGAUAAAGAACAGUCUAAUCCUUACAUGGUGUUAGAUAUAGACAAGUUGUUCCAUGUCCGGCCAGUCACACAGACAGAUGUUUAUAGAGCUGAUUCCAAAGAGAUUCCAAGGAUUUUCCAGAUCCUGUAUGCUAAUGAAGGCGAAAGCAAAAAAGAACAAGAAUUUCCCGUGGAACCAGUUGGGGAGAAGUCAAACUGCAUUUGCCACAAAGGACAUGAAUUUAUUCCCACUCUUUAUCAUUUCCCAACUAACUGUGAGGCGUGUAUGAAGCCACUUUGGCACAUGUUUAAACCUCCCCCUGCUCUUGAGUGCCGCCGCUGCCAUAUCAAGUGCCAUAAAGACCACAUGGACAAAAAGGAGGAAAUCAUAGCACCUUGCAAAGUAUACUACGACAUUUCGUCGGCAAAGAAUCUGCUGUUAUUAGCUAAUUCUACAGAGGACCAGCAGAAGUGGGUCAGUCGGUUGGUAAAAAAAAUACCCAAAAAGCCCCCAGCUCCAGAUCCUUUCGCUCGUUCAUCUCCUAGAACUUCUAUGAAGGUGCAGCCCAACCAGUCUAUAAGACGGCCAAGUCGGCAGCUUCCUCCAAGCAAACCAAGCUAACUGCCUUCUGUGAAUGCAGUCACUAUCCAUGGUGAUCAUUUUCUGCCUGUUAUGAACAAGACUGGAAUGUGAUAUCCCCAAAUUUAUUAAAUGAAAGAAAGAAGCUAUAUUUUCCUGAGAGAUUGAUAUAUAUAUAUAUAUAUAUGUAUAUAUAUAUAUACACACACAUACACACAUAUACAUACAUACACACACACAUAUAUAUAUGUGUGUAUAUGUAUAAAUCAGUGGUUUACUUUUUUGGGGGACUGCAAUAUAAAUCAGUAAUCUUAGAGAGGUUUCCUCAGAUCUUUUAAGGUGACUGAUUAAACCAAGAGUCAUUGGCAACAGAAUAAAGAUACUGUAGGGAUACCUCCCUCCAAAGUCUUGUUCUGCAAAACUCUGUUGGACGACACUACAUUUCACAAGAGGACUGAGAAGAGUUGAAAUAAAAGCGAUUAUCAUUCAGCUUCACUGGAGAGAUUUCACCAGCAUAUUAAGGUUACCAGAAGAAUUCGGGAUUGGGAAAGAUUCUACCAUAGUGGUAUAUAUAGACUGAAUCCUUAAGAAGUGACCAUUAUACUGUGUGUGUAUCUAUAUAUAUAGUACUGUAAUACUUCAAGAGGAUUUUUAAGACUUUCCACUUUAUUUUUUAUACACAUUGAUCAGAUACCAUUACUUAUUGCAGUUGCAACUAUGCACUUGUAUAAAGCCAUAAUGUUGAAGUUAAUAUUAUUCAUUCAUAUAUAUACAUAUAUAUAUCCAAAAAAGCUGCAUGUCAAUGUGUUUGAGCAGUUAAUGUAAUGAAAACUUUGAAGUUAAUCAUAUCAAUUUAAUAUUGCUUCAUGAUGGACAACCCUACUUUGCCAUUUGAAUGCCUUAAUUUAAGUCCUUUACUUCCACCUCUCUUCCCCUAUCCCCCCCCCGAGUCUCAGCCCACUCUAUAUAUUUAAAAUGAUAAAGGAAAACAAAUGUUUACCAGCUCUUAGAAUACAAAUUUGCUUUGUGGAAGAAAAAUAGAGCACUAUUUUUACACAUAAUAGUUAUAGCAAUGUCAGCCUAUUUUGAAUGUAUAGUGAAUGGGUUUUGUUUUUUUGGCAGGAAAGGUUGGUUACCAGGAACAGUAAUUGAUAGUAUGAGAACUAAGAUAACUUCAAUGUGUACUGGUAAUUUUUCAUCCAGCCCUUUUUACAAACCUCAGUAUUAUUCAGUGACUUGGUAUUACUCUCAUUAAGUGCUAUGAAGCUUUGUUUUGCCUUGUUUGUAUCCUGGCUCAGUUUUGUUCUAUUUUGUUUUUGUGGGGGGAGGGGGGGGUCAUCUCUAUCUUUUACAUUUUCAUACAUAAUACAAGUAUUCAAGAGUUAUCACAAACUUUGAAAAAAACUAAAACAUACUGUAGAUAUAUCUUAAAUUUUUCUAUACUGUUUUCAAGGACAUGGCUGUAUGUAUUAUUUCAGUUGUGUACUAAUGAGAACUGAUACUUGGGAAGAAGGGGCCUAAAAACUAAAUUGAAUUUAUUUUUUAAAUUCAAUCUUGUACAAAAAUAGAAUUUUGUGGGCUCAUUUAUUUUGUAUUCAUCACCAUCCCAGAAAAUUGCAUGUUGUAUACAACUACAGUAUGCUACAAUGUUAAAGAUAUUUAGAGUAAAGAAAUUAUGUAGCUUCUAACUGGUCGGUCUCUAUAUCUAUAGAUAUAUAUAGAUUGUAUAUUAUAUCUAUAUCUAUCUACAUCUAUAGAGAGAGCGUGUGAUAAUUAAAAUAUAUCACCUAACAUUUCAAUGAAGGAAGUAGACAUUUCAUUGUUCCUUUCUCUAGGGACAACAUAGAAAUGUUUGGAAAAUUAGGACCACAAUUAUAAAACACUAUCAUGGGAAGCUGAAGAGUGGCCUUUGGCCUAUCACUGUAUGAAAACUAAAUUCUCUCUCUUCUCUUCUCCUGCCCCUUUUCUCUCACCUUUAACAGAAUUGAUUUAUUGAAUCUGCACUCUUUCAUGUUGGCUGUGGACCCUUAAAACUAGAAUGUGCAUGCCAUUUCAUUUUCAAAUAUUGGUUUGUUACAAUCUAGUUUUAAAGCACAGCAUGUUUUUUAAAGUGUGAAAAAAAUAUAUAAAAUUUAUAUAGAGUAAAUAUUUCCAUUCAUUAGACUUGUUUAAAUGAGACUGAAUGCAUAAAUAUUUUAUAUAAAGAUUUUGUUACAUUGUGGGAAGUUCUAUCCUAUUAUUCUGAAUUGGAGAGAAUAUAUAAAUAUAUAUAUUUUUAAAUAAACUGUUUUAAGGUGAAAUAGUUUUAAGUUUACACAUGGUAAUUGAAAUAUUUGAAUAUAGAAGGCAAAAGUGGAUGUUAAAAGUAAACUUUGGAAGAUGUAAAUAAUUGAGAGUAUGAAGAAUCAUGGCAUCUCUUCUAUAUGGGGAAAAAUGUGAAGUUUCUCAAAUUGGAUAAUUUGCUAAGAAAAAAAAAUUCUCUCCCAUGGAGAUUUUCUACAUUUCAUUUUAUUGACAUAAUCAAGGUUUAUGAGGUUGGUUUCCCAUUUCAAACAAUAAUUUUUUUCUUAAUUCUUAUUCCCGCUUCAGGUAAGAAUUCGCCAUUUCCCCCUUUCUAACCUUAAAUCAUACUCUAUGCAUACAUGUCCCUAUUCAAAUAUAAUCUCUUCAGCAUAUUACAUUCCCUUGGCAUGGAUACCUAAUUGUGCCAAUCUCCAUUUUUCUACCGUCCUGCAAGUCCCCAAAUUAAACAUUCUAUGGAUUAUUUCUCUUUACACUAUUCAGAUUAAAAUAUUUUUAAGUUCAAAAACAGCUCAUCCAUAAAGCCUGGUGCAUUUCGUCAGGCAAGACCUCUAUUACAGACACAAAUAUUUCCUAUGGAAGUAGGAGUAAAGAAAUGCCACGUGGAAGAGGAAUCAUACAAUUAUCAUCUUUAUCUGUAGUGUCAGUGAUUUUACUGCAAAUUUAAAGUACACACCAAAUAAACAUUUCUUUUAUCCAUCAGAAAGUAAAGGGGUCUGGGGUCAACUGAUGAAUAUAUGGGUACACCAAUAAAAAUAAAAUAAAGGGUAGCCUAUAUAUAAAGCUGAGCCAUAGUAAUCUUCAGUGACUCAAUUUUUAUGACCUUAUACCUAACUAAAAAUUCUUAACAAUACAUAAAAUGAGUAGCCAAAUUACAUUUUAGGAAAGAAUGCUGCUGUUGAUGAUCAAGCCUUCUGCUAUCCUUUGUAGGAAAAUGGAGAUAAUUAUAAACAAUGCAUUGACUUACUGAUACUUGCUUAAACAUUAGAUUUUAUAGAGAUUUCUCAUGUCCGAGGUUCCAGUGAUCAGAGCAGAGCCAGGCACAUCUGAAUUUAUAAAUUAGUUUGGUCUAGCAUUUGGCUCUUUACUCUUGCCUUGGAAUGUCUGCAAAGUUUUUGGGCCUCCCUAAAUCCCCAACUGUGUUGUGAGGAUACUGUAGAACAUUUUGUAAAGCACUUUGAAGAAGCACUGAGAUGUUAUGCCAGGGGGUUUAGUCUUGUCUUCUAUCUGCCCCUCAUCUAUAAAUUUUAUUGGGAAUGGUUUUGAAUGAAUUAUGAAAUGCACAGCUUACAUAAUCAUUAUACAGAUAUUUUAUCAGAUAUCUUUUUUUUUUCCUUUUAAACACCAAACCAAAAAAAAAAAAAAAAAAGAAUCAUAGCCCCCGGAUUUAACUUUUGGAAACUUUUGUCGCAUCAUCUUUGUAGCAUUGUGAUUGUAUCCUAUGCCUGCUUUUGAAAAGAAAAUUAAAUAAAAGGAAUUGAGAAGUAUGCAUGUUCAUACUUUUCCUGUGAAAAUACAA